AUGAAAAGUCAUUAUCGCGGUCAUAAAAUGGCGAUAUGGUUAAAUUUAAUUCCGCAACUUCAUCAACCCGGCGAUGAAGAUGUCAGCAUGAGGCAUCAUCACUUUCACGAAAGAGCUGAUAAAUUUUAUCAGGGAAUCGUUCAACCGGAAUCCUUAACACGUCCCUCUCCGAGGUAUUUACCAGCGAGUCCGCAAACUCAUUUAACGACUAUAACGGAUUGUUUACCUGGUAUGACGGAAAUGUCGAUGACAACCGAAAAUGAUAUCGAUACAGAUGUUGACGACGAUGACGGUGACGAAGUUGGUAUACUACAAAGGCUUGCCGAUAGCGGUUAUCAUAGUUAUGCAGCCGCUUUAGGAGUAACCGUUGGUGUUGGAUGUCUUUUGCUUAUAUUAAAUUUAUUAAUAUUCGCGGGUAUUUAUUAUCAGAGGGGUAAAAAUCAAAAAGGAAGAAAAAGAAAUCGGAGGUACAAUGCGGAAAACGUACAGGAAUCCGAUUGCGAAUCAUCUCAGACUCCGGCGGAAUCAUCAGGUGCUCACGUUAUUAAAUUACAAGAACCUCCUCCGUGUUAUACAUCCGUUGCUACGAACACUCUCGAAAGAAACGUACAACCGGCGUUAAAAACUAACAAAGCAAAAGAACCGCCGACACCGCCGAUGAGAACGUGCAGCAAUGUUAAAAAAAGGGUUGGGAAAACUGCAUUAGCUAAUUUUCUGUACGAAUCUUACGAAAAAAUAAUUAACGUUAAUGAAGGAGGAGGAGGAGAUACGAAACCGACAAAAGCCGUGAGAAUUUUAGAAUUUUUUGUCGAUGGAAUCAAAACGAAAAACGUCUUCCAAAAAAAAAUAGCCAUAGAAUUAUGGGAUUGUAGCGGUGGAAGCAGGUAUCAAUCAUGUUGGCCGGCCAUACAACACGAAGUUCAAGGGAUUAUAUUCGUACACACGGAUAAUUUACCGGAAGAAGUAUCCUCUUUGCGAACGCUUUAUCAUCAUUUCGUUGAGGAAACGAAUUUUCCAGAAUCCCGGUGUUUGGUUGUUAAAAAUCAAACCGGAAACGGCGACGAUUUAAUUAUUGAAAAAAAUCCUUUGCCAAAUUUAAAUCACGUCGUUGCUAAUUAUUUUUAUCGACAUUAA